AUGACAGACGUUCGUUUUUCAGUGGACUCAGGAUCCCUCUAUGAGCUUUUAGGGGUCAAGUCGACAGCCAGUGCCACGGAGAUCAAAGCGGCCUAUAGGAAAAAGGCCAUGCAAUAUCAUCCCAACCCCAACAAUCCCGAUGCCCAUGCCAAAUUCCAGGAAAUAGCAGCCGCAUAUGAAGUUCUCGUCGACGAGCAAGCAAGAGAAAUGUAUGACCAAUAUGGACUCGAGGGCCUAAGUGGGGGAUCUGGUGGCCAUCCAUUCUCUCCUGAAGACCUAUUUGAGCAACUCUUUAGUGGUGGCUCUUUCGGCUUCAAUGCUGGUCGUAGAAAACGACGAGGAGACGAUACCAAGAUCCCAUACGAUGUGACACUACAGGAAUUGUACUUCGAAUGGGUGCCCAAUGACGAAAACCACUCUAGAUCAGGCGGGAAAAGUGGCACAAAGCCCAAACAGUGCAGUAGAUGUGAAGGAGAGGGUGUAAUAAUGAGCACUCGCGCUGUUGGAGGUGCUACUGUUGGCUUUGCCCGAAUCGCCUGUCCUCAGUGUAAAGGCUCGGGAAAGACGAUCAGAGAAAAGGAUCGGUGCAAGAAAUGCAAAGGCGAGAAGGUGACCAAGGAGAAAAAGAGACUUGAGAUCCAGAUCGAACCAGGGAUGCCUGACCAACAUCACAUUGUUCUUCAAGGCGAAGGUGAUCAAGAGCCCGAGAUGACACCAGGAGACGUCGUACUCGUUCUCAAUUGCAAGGAUCACGACUCCUUCGAACGUGCAGGGUCGGAUCUUUUGGCUCAUGUACGGAUAACACUCUCGGAAGCCUUACUUGGAUUCUCUAGGGUGGUCCUUACACAUCUUGAUGGAAGAGGAAUCCACUUUGACAGUAGGAAGAGCGCGGGUAGUGAAGGGCUCAAGAAAAUUUAUAAAAGUGGAGAUACUGUUGUCAUUCGUGGGGAGGGCAUGCCAAUAUGGAAGAAGGACAGUAAAGCGAAGAAUGCGACGGGCGGCAAGGUAGAAAGAGGCGACCUGUUUAUCUUAUUCGAGGUCGAGAUGCCGGAUGAGACAUGGCUGGAGAAUGUUGAUAUUCAGGCAUUGAGGGCAUUACUUCCCCCAGGAAAACCUGAUAUUCCAGCUGCGAGAGUAGAAGAGGCAAAGUUUGAAGAGAGUGACAUUGCGUUGUUUGGAGAUGGGGAUGAUGCCUGGGAGGAUGAGGAUUUUUCCGAGGGAGAGGACUCUACACAAUGUCGUAACCAAUGA